GACCACAUGUUCCUGCACACAAUCAGCACAAACCGUGGACGAGCUCAUUCCUCGCAGACGUGGGGUCCUGUGCGUUUCACAUGCUCACUACAUGCUUUGUGUGCUGCAGGCCUCUGGGUGCCCCACCCCCCUCUUCAUAUAGAACAUGUCCCGGCUUCCUAUAAAGACUUUACAUCCUGGCAGGAUCCUCGCACAGCAGAGUCCCACCGUCCACCUCCUCCCAGGCCAAACUGGUGCCAGCCCCCCCUCCCAGUCCAGCUGCAGGUCUUGAGCCACUCCAGAUCUUCCCUCACACCCACGCCACAUCGAAUCAGGAGAAAUGAUCAUCAGACUGGGCCGGCUGACACCUGGAUACUUCCGCCUCCUCCAGAGGCAAGUUGCCGGCGAGGUGCAGAUGCAGCCACAGGACCGUGCCGUGAACCAGAUCGCCAUGAUGCUGGCCAUCAUGGGCCUGAGUCUGUCCUACUACAGUGCCAAACAGAUGAUGGAGAAGGUCCAGCCUGCACCCUGAACAGACUUGACUCUUUGAUUGUUGAAAUGGAUGAGCCGAUGAGGAGGGAAGGAGAUGGAGGGAGGAGGCGGGAAGGCUCAGCAGUGUCUUUCAGGACCGCACUUUUCUCACCUCACUGUCAUAGUCACACUCGGACACUGAAUUUCUGGUAUCCCUCACUAACCAUCCGCAGAGAUGUCAGGGCUGCUUUUUAGAGUUUUCUAUAUAUAUAUUCCAUUGUCGGGGGGACCUGGAAGGAAUUGGGGCUCACUUUAGGGGUGGGGGGGGUCGUGGUGAGGACUGGUUUUAUGGCCUGGUUUGGGUGGGGGAUAAAAAACUAAACCAGCUGCCUGCCAACAAGGUCUGACACAUCACAAAGGUACAUGCUUGCACGAUGCUGUCAAUACUGUUCUAAGCACCAAAUGAGAAGGGGGGGGGAGCUCUUGCAUAAGAGUGAAUCUUGCCAGUGAUCAAAACCCGGCCAAAUACAGUUGAAUAACAUGGAACAGUAAUGCUCCUUAAGGGAAAGCAGAGUGCAAUUGAGAUGUACCUUUGUGUAUUGAAGUGUUGGCAGGAGGAGGACGUGGUUAAAGGGGAUGAAGGUUUAGCUCAACCCGUUUAUUUUUCUUUCCCUUCACAAGAGAAACUUGCAGCGCCUGUGAACAGACAAGGAGCCGCACUCGCAUUCUGUCAAUAUAUACAUACAUAUACUUGUGAAAUGUAUCGGUCAGGUUGAGGGAAUAUUUGCACAAAACUUCAGAUAAAAUACUACAACAGAUCCGCAAAGGGACUUGGAAUUGCUCACUACCUAUUUUUUUUUUUUUUUUGGUUUGUUUUUUCUUCUGCGAUUUCACGCUGCUUAACAUUAAUCAAUUAAGUCCUAGUAAUAAUAAGUGUGUGACUACCUUGGUAAGCACCCUGGUUCCUGCUGUAUCAAGUACAUGUUAAUGCAGACAUUUAUCUUUACUGAACAUUGCAUGGGUGUGCAGACUUUUAAUCAAAGCAAAAUUCAUGAGUCUGUCUUUGUUUUUAUUGAUGAAUGAAUGUAUUACCUUUUGUAAUGAUUUAAUAAAGCUGUGAAUUUUUUGGGAAUCGAGCUGUACAGUGGAUGUUUAGUGUGGACUGAGCUAUUUGAGAACAAAAUUAAUCCCGAUCUCAGACUCUUGUUAUUUGCACCGAGAGUCUGAGUUGUCCUGAAGUAGCCGCUGCAGCGUCAGUCAGUCCUCUGCACGCAACAGGAAGUGCUCAGGCCGUUGCACAUGUUGUGUCCUUCCCUUUGCAUGCCAAUGAAUGUGAAGCUCACGCACUAAAGCGCGUUUGAGCAUAAAGGGCAGAGAGGGCAUUUUCUUUAAAAUGCUUCUCGUUCAGAAUUGACCUGAGACUCCAUUGUCUCUGUCAGCAAUGGCGUGAUGCUUUGAACAAAACAAAGAUGGAGGGUUUAUGGGACAGGACUGUUUUAGGUGAAUCCAAAAUGCUCCAAAUUCCAAUUUAGAUGAAGUUCCAAAUUUUUUAGGAAAUAUGUUUGACGUGAUCUGGGGCAAUUUUGGUUGCCUGGCUUGUGAAUCUGCCAUAAAGUGGUGUUUCUGGAUGGAUACAGUAUGUUGAGAAGAUGGUAUUUAAGAAUAUUUGUACCUUUUAUUAAAGAUGUAUACUCCUUAGUAACUGAGUACAGAAGUAUGGUAUGUUGGUAGAACGAAACUGAUUUGGCACCUUGUUCGCGUCUAACCCGGCUGCACGGACAGGUCUGAGGUGGACUGGCGAUUGCUCCUCUGCACGUUCUCCCAUCCUGGAGUUUUAAAAGUGCGCAUGCCUGCUCAGAGGCUGACGUGAUGCUCUGUGACAGACUGAGACCUCGUUGGGCGCCACGUGCACCCCCCCCUGCCCACGCCACAAGCUCCUCCCCAUCGCCCUGCCUUAUCCCCUCCCCCUUGCACAUCACUGGACGAAGAUAUCACUUUGGUAUCUCGGUGAUGCUAGAAACAGAACACAGCCCUAUGACGAAGAGCGCCUAUUGGCUGAGCGCUGACGCGUCACCAGAAUCAGCCUGAUUCUGGGCUACAGAGACAAAAGGGGGCAGAUGAGGUCAUUGGUGCAGAAUGUGGAUGAGGAGAGGAUCAUUAUUUUGGGCUCCUCCUCCCUUUUUUAUUUUAGUUUGUUCCAACAUCAAAUCAAUUUAUCACAAAGGGGUUUAUAUGGAUACACUCGGUGAAAAUGAAGUCAAGGUUUGUAAAAGGCGUCGUUUGCGAAGGGCCCUGAAGCUUCCUACUGGAGAAUGGGUGGGAGCUGCAGGUGUGAGCAAGAGACACAAACAGGACGGUGACAGUCACCGCUUCACAAUUAUCAUAAACAUGUUCAACUUGUGUCUGCAUGAAGAAACCUUUGUACUGUAUGGCAAUGGGAGCCUUGUUACUCCUAUGUACCUUAUAGACAGGUUGUAUAGUAAUGAUACAAGGAUAUUGCUUUGAAUGGUGCUUGUACUGAUUUAAGUCAAUUAUAAGUAUACAGAUUUGUUCUAUGGGCUGUACAGUUUAUGAAAUAGCUUUAUUUUAUAGUAAAACUGAAAAUCAAACUACAUUUAAUGGCUGAAGUUUUAGAACCUCACAAGUAAUUCCUUGUGGCCUUGUGAGGUUCUGUAGAUGAAGUUCCACAUUUCAUUCCUACCUGUAAAAAAUAUUUUGUGUGUUCUUUGUCAAAUAAAGAUGUUAAUAUAAAGUC